AACCCCCACCUUCAUUCCCCUCCAUCAAAUCCUCUCCUUCCCACAUUUUUCUCCCCCUCACAUGUGCCAUUUAAGUAGUCAUCCCAAGGAUCACUGCAUCCUCCCCCCUCCCCUGUUUCUUCUUCCUCCUCUUUCCUUGCCGGUUUUCAUCCUCCUUGGGCUUGCUCAUCCCUCGUUGCAGAGAAAGCAUGGCGAACUCCGCAUCCGGAAUGGCGGUGAAUGAUGAGUGCAAGCUCAAGUUCCUGGAGCUGAAGGCCAAGAGGAACUUCCGGUUCAUCGUGUUCAAGAUCGAUGAGAAGAUACAGCAGGUCAUGGUGGAGAAGCUGGGUCGGCCCGAUGAGAGCUACGAUGAUUUCACUGCAUGCUUUCCGCCCAACGAGUGCCGCUAUGCCGUCUUCGAUUUUGAUUUCGUCACCGAUGAGAACUGCCAAAAGAGCAAGAUCUUCUUCAUUGCAUGGUCCCCUGAUUCAUCAAAGGUGAGGAGCAAGAUGCUGUAUGCGAGUUCCAAGGACAGAUUCAAGAGGGAGCUCGAUGGCAUACAAGUGGAGCUGCAGGCGACGGACCCUAGCGAGAUGAGCAUCGAUAUUGUGAAGGCGAGAGCUAUGUAACCGAGUUCCUGUGGCUUUUCCUCCACUCUGGACCCCAAACCCAAACCCAAACCCCAAGAAUUAGCUUUUUAUGGAUGACGCUAAAUUUUGCAAACCACAUCGAUGAAUGUUACGUUUCGUGUUUCGUUUAUUCACUGAAUUUUCCAAGGAUCAUGGAUCCAUGUUGAUUGUGUGUGUCUCAGGGCAUUCGUUUAUAUGUAAUGUAUAAUAGUACAACAAGGAAGUUACACGGAUCGAAUGAAUGAAUGAAUGAAUUGUUAGGCUCUCCA